GAUGUCGGCUCAUCAUUGGGGGAAGGCUUUUGCGAAAAGCACACGUCCCAUGGAGACGGACGGCAGGAAGUUUCCUCUCGAACUGGGCGCUCUGGAGCUCGCUGCAGGAACUCCAUAGCCUCCUGUGCCGACGAGCAGCCGCAUAUUGGGAAUUACAGACUCCUUAAAACCAUUGGAAAGGGCAAUUUUGCAAAAGUGAAACUGGCAAGGCACAUCCUAACUGGCAGAGAGGUUGCCAUAAAAAUAAUUGACAAAACACAGCUGAACCCAACUAGUCUACAAAAGCUCUUUAGAGAAGUAAGAAUAAUGAAGAUCUUAAAUCAUCCAAAUAUAGUGAAGCUAUUUGAAGUCAUCGAAACUGAAAAAACUCUCUAUUUAAUAAUGGAAUAUGCAAGUGGGGGGGAGGUGUUUGACUAUCUGGUUGCACAUGGAAGAAUGAAGGAAAAGGAGGCUAGAGCUAAAUUUAGACAGAUAGUAUCUGCAGUGCAGUAUUGCCAUCAAAAGCAUAUUGUUCAUAGAGAUCUCAAGGCUGAAAAUCUAUUGCUAGAUGCAGAUAUGAACAUUAAAAUAGCUGACUUUGGUUUUAGCAACGAGUUUACAGUUGGAAAUAAACUGGAUACCUUCUGUGGCAGCCCACCAUAUGCUGCUCCAGAGCUCUUUCAAGGGAAGAAAUAUGAUGGACCUGAAGUAGAUGUUUGGAGUUUAGGUGUUAUUCUUUAUACUCUCGUGAGUGGAUCUCUUCCCUUCGAUGGACAGAACUUAAAGGAACUUAGAGAAAGAGUGCUGAGGGGAAAAUACAGGAUUCCUUUCUACAUGUCCACAGACUGUGAAAACCUCCUCAAACGUUUCCUGGUGCUAAACCCAACAAAAAGAGGCACUCUAGAGCAAAUUAUGAAGGACAGGUGGAUCAAUGCAGGGCAUGAGGAGGAUGAACUUAAACCUUUUGUUGAACCAGAGCUAGACAUCUCGGACCAGAAAAGAAUAGAUAUUAUGGUAGGAAUGGGAUAUUCUCAAGAAGAAAUUCAAGAAUCCCUUAGUAAAAUGAAGUAUGAUGAAAUCACAGCUACAUACUUACUGCUAGGAAGGAAGUCAUCAGAGUUGGAUGCAAGUGAUUCAAGCUCCAGCAGCAAUCUUUCACUUGCCAAAGUUAGGCCAAGUAGUGAUCUUAAUAAUAGCACUGGACAAUCUCCUCAUCACAAAGUUCAGAGAAGCAUAUCUUCUAGCCAGAAACAGCGGCGGUACAGUGAUCACGCUGGACCAUCCAUCCCCUCAGUAGUGGCAUAUCCCAAAAGAAGCCAGACUAGUACUACAGACAGUGACCUCAAAGAGGAAGGAAUUCAGUCAAGAAAAUCCAGCAGUAGUGCUGUUGCAGGAAGAGGAAUUGCACCAGCUAGCCCAAUGCUUGGAAAUGCCAGCAAUCCCAACAAGGCUGAUAUUCCUGAACGUAAGAAAAGUUCGGCUGUCCCUAGUAAUAAUACUACCCCUGGAGCAAUGACACGGCGCAACACAUAUGUUUGUAGUGAAAGAACCACUGCUGAUAGGCAUUCAGUGAUACAAAAUGGCAAGGAGAACAGCCUGACAGAAAUGUUCGCUUACGCAGCUAGCCCUGCUUCAGUUUGUACCACAUCCUUCUCCAGUGUUCGGCUGCGACAUCAGAAGUCGAUGUCCAUGUCAGCCUCUGUGCACACGAAGAUGAUGUUGCCUCCAAUAGACAAUGGCGCAGAUAACUUCAGGCCUAUCACUAUUCCCGAUCAGAGAACUCCCGUUGCUUCAACCCACAGCAUUAGCAGUGCGACCACCCCUGACCGUAUUCGUUUCCCCAGAGGAACGGCCAGCCGCAGCACGUUCCACGGGCAGCUGCGCGAGCGCCGCACCGCCACCUACAACGGCCCGCCCGCCUCGCCCAGCCUGUCCCACGAGGCCACGCCGCUGUCCCAGACCCGCGCCCGCGGCUCCACCAACCUCUUCAGCAAGCUCACCUCCAAGCUGACCCGAAGAAACAUGUCAUUCAGGUUUAUCAAAAGGCUCCCGACUGAAUAUGAGAGGAACGGGAGAUUUGAGGGCUCAAGCCGCAAUGUAGCUGUGGAUCAGAAGGACGAGAACAAGGAAGCCAAGCCUCGCUCGCUGCGUUUUACCUGGAGCAUGAAAACCACCAGCUCCAUGGAUCCCAAUGACAUGAUGAGGGAAAUACGGAAGGUCCUGGAUGCCAAUAACUGUGACUAUGAACAAAGAGAGCGUUUCUUGCUUUUCUGUGUCCAUGGAGAUGGGCACGCGGAAAACCUGGUCCAGUGGGAGAUGGAGGUGUGUAAACUGCCAAGACUGUCCCUGAACGGAGUUCGCUUUAAGCGGAUAUCGGGAACAUCCAUAGCUUUCAAAAACAUUGCUUCCAAAAUUGCCAAUGAGUUAAAGCUGUAACAAGAAAAAAAUAGUUAAGUUGUAAAUUAGUUAGCAAUUUAAAGUGUUUUUGAGAAUUCCGAUGGAAAUGUAUAGAAUAACAUUUAGGCAAUAACUUCUGCAUCCUUCUGAAUAGUGAUAUUAAAAAAAAAGCUGCUGAGCUGGGAGGGAGAGUUGGACUUUUUUAUAAGUGCACUACAGCAUUAAAGUUGCCUACUAUGUAAAAUA